AUGAGAUUGCUCGCUGGUCUUACUGAUGAUGCAGCAAAAGAGCUUCAAUCCUUCUCAAAAUGGAUUUUGGAUGUUGGAGAUGGAAAAAUAAAUUUGCCUAAGGACGGUCAAUUGCCAGGUGAAGACAAGGUUUACCUUAGCUCUAACAGUAUAAUCCCAUCCGAUGUUGAUGUAGAAGAAAAUGUGGUAUAUCCAACAGAGUUUUUGAACAGUGUCAAAGUGGCAGGAAUGCCAAGACAUAAUUUGAAGCUGAAGGUUGGUGCUCCUAUUAUGUGUGUCCGUAACUUGGAUUUGGCAGAUAGCUUAUGCAAUGGUACUAGGCUAAUUGUUACUCAGUUACUCCCCCAUGUGAUAGAAGGUAGAAUUAUAACCGCAAACAGUAUUGCUGGAGACAAAGUCUGGAUUCCUAGAAUGUAUGUCAGUUCACCUGACACAAAGUUUCCCUUCAGAAUGCGUCGAAGACAGUUUCCCGUUACAUUGGCUUUCGCGAUGACCAUCAACAAAAGUCAAGGUCAAACACUAGAAAGUGUUGGUUUGUUUUUGCCUAGGCCAGUGUUCUCUCAUGGUCAGCUAUACGUUGCACUUUCAAGAGUUAUGUCGAGAUCUGGAUUAAAAAUCCUAAUAACUGGUAAAGAAAGGAAGCCGGAGACAAAAACAUUGAAUGUUGUCUACAAACAAGUUUUUCAAAAUAUUCCGUAG